AUGUUUCUAGUGGUCGUGUUUCUGUGUGCCGUGGCGACUAUCGCCGCAACUCCAUCGACUGGCGUUGUCCAAUGUACCGCCAACCCAGGUGACCUCCCGCUGAAUACUUACGUGGACGGCUGCGUCACACCGCCGUGCCAGCUCCCUCAGCUGCAAGAUGCCGUCAUCAACCUCGUCUUCAAAUCACCCCGUGUAAUGCACUCGAUGACAACACUGGCCACCGCCUACAUGUCUUUGGGCUUCAUCACCAUUCCGGUGCCGUACGACCUCGGCAAGAACGCCGUCACCUGCAACUUCCUCACCAACACCUACUGCCCCGUGCUGAAAGACGAGGUGGUCACCUACACCCUGAGGAUGUACAUCGAAUCUUUCUUCCCCGUGGGUACUUCCGUCACCAUCGAAUUCCGCGUGGUGGAUGAAGAUCAACGGCCGAUUCUCUGCAUCAGAAUGCCGAUAACCAUCGUGAGCCCCCUGUCGGAAUCGCCCAACAUUAACGCCAACUCCACUGCAUUCAGCAUUGACGGUCAC